AUACCUGUCGAUGGUAUUAUUAUGUUGGCCAAUUGUGAACCACAAUUAUGGAAUCAUCAUCAUAAUAAUAAUAAUAAUCAUUAUCAUCAACAACAACAACAACAUAGCUAUUAUAGCGGGGGUUUUAGUGGUGGUGGUGGUGGUUAUAGUAGUUCAAAUAUAAUUAAUAAUUAUAGCCUACCAACAGCUAAUAGUGGUGUUGUUGGUGCAAAUAAUAAUAAUAAUAAUAAUUUUUUUAAUCAAAAUCAUUUUACCGAUUAUAUUGCCUGUUCAAGAAAUGAAAUCGAUGCUUUAAUAACAAACCAACAACCAAAUAAUGAACCACACGGAUUUCGUAUAAAAAUUCAGGCAAAUCCGGAUAAAUAUGUUCCAAAUGAAAUGUAUACAAUCGUAUUACAAGGUGAUCAAAAUCGUCUAUCUAAAUAUUCUGGUCCAGGUGGUUCAAUGGUCUAUGGCCACCCAUCAUCAUCAUCGUCAUCAACAUCAUCCGGUGGAAAUAGUCAAAGAUUUACCGAAUUUGUUUUAUAUGUUGUUCCUAAAGAUUUUUUAUCAUCACAAUCAUCGCCAUCAUUAUCAUCAUCAUCAUCUGUAUCACCAUCAUUAACAUCAACACAACAACGAUCAUUAUUCGAUGUUGGUAGUUUUCAGCCUCAAGUGUACACCGAUUCAUUGGUAAAAUUAUCUAAAGAUUGUCCAAAUGCUGUUACGCAUACAUCGCCAGUGCCGAAAAAUGAAAUAAGCGUAAUGUGGCUUGCACCACAACAAGGUUCUGGAUGCAUUGUAUUCAAAGCAAUCGUAGCUGAAAGUAAAGACAAAUGGUAUCAUGAAGAUGGUGGCCUAACUAAAGUGCUUUGUGAAGAAGAAGCCGAUACGAUAGCCGAUGCUGAAUCGGAAAUUGUUGAUGAAUGUUGUGCAUGCGAUGAGGCUAAAUAUGAAGUUACAUUUGAAGGUUAUUGGUCUAAAUAUACACAUCCAAAAGAUUUUCCAGCUAAUGCAUGGCAGACACAUUUUUCCGAUAUAAUUGGUGCUAGUCAUUCAUCAGAUUUUCGUAUUUGGGAAUAUGGUGGUUAUGCUAGUGAAGGUGUUAAGCAAGUAGCCGAAUCCGGUAUAACUAAAAAACUUGAAUCAGAAUUAAAAGCAGAAUCAAGUAAAAUCCGUACCAUAAUUAAAGCACGUGGUCUUUGGUAUCCGAAUUUAAAUGGAAAAACAUUUGCCGUAUUUCGUGUGGAUAAUCGCCAUCAUUUAAUGUCAUUAUUAUCGAUGCUUGGUCCCAGUCCAGAUUGGUUUAUUGGAGUUAGUGCAUUAGAAUUGUGUCUGAAAAAUUGCUCUUGGGUUGCCGAUAAAAGUAUCAAUUUAUAUCUUUGGGAUGCUGGCACUGAUUCUGGUGUUACUUAUUUAUCACGUGAUCUACCAACCAUACCACAGGAACGGAUUCGUCGUAUUACAUCAACAUCGCCUAAUUUACCCGAAUCACCAUUUUAUGAUCCAAGUGGUGCACCAAUGAAACCAUUCGCACGGCUAACCAUUUCAAGGCAACGAAUUUAUGAAAAAGUUUGUGGUGAUGAUGAUAACCGUUUUAGCAUAUCUGAUUUUGAUGAUGAUGAUAAUCGAUCUGCUGAUUGUUCAGUGACCGAAUGGACUGUAUUCGGCCCUUGCUCAGUUGCAUGUGGCCAUGGAAUACGUAAACGAACUAGAAAUUAUAUGAAUGAAAAACGAGCUAAAGAAGUUGGCUGUAAUAUGAAACUAAUUGAGACGGAAGAAUGUGGAGCUAAAUGUGUGAAUAACGUUAGUUGUGAAACUACGGCCUGGUCUGAAUGGACAUCGUGUAAUGUUACAUGUGGUCGUGGAUACCGGAAAAGAAAUCGAAAAUUUUUACAUCGUUUAGCUAGAAGUUUAUGCCAUAAUGUUGAACUUGAACAACGUGAAUCUUGUGUUGGAACUUCAUCUAAUUGUGGUCAUCAAAAUCAACAUCAAUCAUCAUCAUCAUCAUCGUCAUUAUCAACAACUUUAACCGGAUCAUCAACUGGCCAUAAUAAUUAUGAUCAAGAAAUAAUUGAACCACAUUGUGCAGUGACCAACUGGUCCGAAUGGACACCAUGUUCAGUGGAAUGUGGUAAAGGCAUCAAAUAUCGUAAUCGAUUAUAUAUUAAUGCUUAUAAAUCGAAAAAUGUUUGCAAUGUUAAAUUGAUUCAAUCAAUCGACUGUUUCAACAAAGCUUGUAUGACGCUUAAUAAUGAUGCGCAACAUGUAUGUUCAUUACCCAAAGAAGUAGGCCCUUGUCGUGGAUAUUUUCCUCGUUAUUAUUAUGAUUCAAGUAAAGGUGCCUGUUUACAGUUCAUAUAUCGUGGCUGUCGAGGUAAUCAUAAUAAUUUUGAUCGUUUACAAGAUUGUAAAGAAAAAUGUGAAAAUCAUUUCAAAGGAAUGAUUGAUGAAAAUAUACGACCAAAUUCCAAUCAAAUGUAUAAUCAAUAUAAUCAUUCGAUGACAUCACCAUUGAUCGGUGAUGAUCAGAAUUUAGUUAUCGAUUGUGUUGUUACAUUAUGGUCCGAAUGGAGUCAAUGUACAAAACCAUGUGGUAAAGCAAGAAAAGAACGUCGUCGUGAAAUCAAAUUAAAUCCACAGAAUGGUGGCCGUAAAUGUCCAAAAUUAGUACAACGACGAAAAUGUAAAGAAAAUCCACCAUGUGAAUGUGCAAUGAGCGAAUGGAGUGAAUGGAGUUCCUGUGAAGCUCAUUGUGAUACCGGUAAUGGAUUAAAACAUCGUUAUCGUAAUAUAACACAAUAUCCUGAUCCGGGACGGCCAACAUGUGGUGCCACUGUUGAACGACAAUUUUGUGUCGAUUAUACACCUUGUAAUAAUAAUAAUCGAAUGGUUCCUUCAUCUUAGUUAAGCAGUUUGAAAAGAUAAAUAGAAUUAAAAUAAAAUUUCUAGUUUACAUAAUGAACACAAUUUAUUGUCAAAAGUCAAGUUCAUCAUCAUCAUCAUCAUCAUCAUUCCUGUGUCAUCAUAAUCAUCAUUGGCAUUGUUCAAUUCUUUUUUUUUCAUAAUCAUCAUCAAUCAUCGUAAACUACCAUACACACACAUAUUACUAUUCACUUCAUUGAACUUAAUUAUCCAGAAUACAAUUCUUUCACAUCAUCAUCAUCAUCAUCACCAUGAUCAUCCAUUCUGUGGAAC